AUGCACUCUCCCAAGAAAAAAAACAUUUUAGCAAUACACACCAAACUGAGCUUGUGCAGAGUGACUUCACAUAAUAUGUCUUAUCAGGAGAUAAGAGGGGGCACUGGAAGAAGGGGAGGAUCAGAGAAGACAGGAUCAAACAGCAUAUUUACACAAUGCAGAGGAUUAACCCCUUAGGUUCCACAGUGAGUAUAACAAGCAUGCUUUACUGCCAGGGGCGGACUGACCAUUUGGAAACUCGGGCACCCGGGGUCAGUAGGGGGCCCCAUGAGAUGCCCCUGGUACCUU